AAGGGGGCGCCGCGAUGGGCCAAGGGGACGAGAGCGAGCGCAUCGUGAUCAACGUGGGUGGCACGCGCCACCAGACGUACCGCUCCACGCUGCGCACGCUGCCCGGCACGCGGCUGGCCUGGCUGGCCGAGCCGGACGCCCACAGCCACUUCGACUAUGACCCGCGCGCCGACGAGUUCUUCUUCGACCGCCACCCGGGCGUGUUCGCGCACAUCCUGAACUACUACCGCACCGGCAAGCUGCACUGCCCGGCCGACGUGUGCGGGCCGCUCUACGAGGAGGAGCUGGCCUUCUGGGGCAUCGACGAGACGGACGUGGAGCCCUGCUGCUGGAUGACCUACCGCCAGCACCGCGACGCCGAGGAGGCGCUGGACAGCUUCGGCGGCGCGCCCCUGGACAACAGCGCCGACGACGCGGACGCCGACGGCCCCGGCGACUCGGGCGACGGCGAGGACGAGCUGGAGAUGACCAAGAGGCUGGCGCUCAGCGACUCCCCGGACGGCCGGCCCGGCGGCUUCUGGCGCCGCUGGCAGCCGCGCGUCUGGGCGCUGUUCGAGGACCCCUACUCGUCCCGCUACGCGCGGUAUGUGGCCUUCGCCUCCCUCUUCUUCAUCCUGGUCUCCAUCACCACCUUCUGUCUGGAGACCCACGAGCGCUUCAACCCCAUCGUGAACAAGACAGAAAUCGAGAAUGUUCGAAACGGCACACAAGUGCGCUACUACCGGGAAGCAGAGACCGAGGCCUUCCUCACCUACAUCGAGGGCGUGUGCGUGGUCUGGUUCACCUUCGAGUUCCUCAUGCGCGUUGUCUUCUGUCCCAACAAGGUGGAGUUCAUCAAGAACUCGCUCAACAUCAUUGACUUUGUGGCCAUCCUCCCCUUCUACCUGGAGGUGGGCCUCAGCGGCCUGUCCUCUAAGGCCGCCAAGGAUGUCCUGGGCUUCCUGCGUGUCGUCCGCUUCGUGCGAAUCCUGCGCAUCUUCAAGCUGACCCGCCACUUCGUGGGCCUGCGUGUCCUGGGCCACACGCUCCGCGCCAGCACCAACGAGUUCCUGCUGCUUAUCAUUUUCCUGGCCCUGGGCGUGCUCAUCUUUGCCACCAUGAUCUACUACGCUGAGAGAAUAGGGGCGCAGCCCAAUGACCCCAGCGCCAGUGAGCACACACACUUUAAAAAUAUUCCCAUCGGCUUCUGGUGGGCUGUGGUCACCAUGACGACACUGGGCUAUGGAGACAUGUAUCCUCAGACGUGGUCUGGCAUGUUGGUGGGAGCACUGUGUGCCCUGGCGGGAGUGCUGACCAUUGCCAUGCCGGUGCCUGUCAUCGUGAACAAUUUUGGGAUGUACUACUCUCUAGCCAUGGCUAAGCAGAAACUACCAAAGAAAAAAAAGAAGCAUAUUCCACGGCCGCCACAGCUGGGAUCCCCCAAUUACUGUAAAUCUGUCGUAAACUCUCCUCACCACAGUACUCAGAGCGACACAUGUCCGCUGGCACAGGAAGAAAUUUUAGAAAUUAACAGAGCAGAUUCCAAACUGAAUGGGGAGGUGGCGAAGGCCGCGCUGGCGAACGAAGACUGCCCCCACAUAGACCAGGCCCUCACUCCCGAGGAGGGCCUGCCCUUUACCCGCUCGGGCACCCGCGAGAGAUACGGACCCUGCUUCCUCUUAUCCACCGGGGAGUACGCGUGCCCGCCUGGUGGAGGAAUGAGAAAGGAUCUUUGCAAAGAAAGCCCUGUCAUUGCUAAGUAUAUGCCGACAGAGGCUGUGAGAGUGACUUGACCCUGCGGCUUGGCCGAGGACACUGGUGGCUAUUAAGCAUCUGGGUGGACCUGCAGCCCCUCCUCACCCUCGGACAGAGUAAAUUCACGCCAUGCAGGUUUGCCGGACGAGUCCGAGUGGCCCAGGCAUUGCACUAAGACGGACGUAGCUUUUUCUACGGCCAAUGGGAACAGGCCGCAGAGGAUUGCCCUUCUUUCUUUUCAUUUUUUUUAGAAGUUACCUUUUAUUUGGGGGGUGAAGGGGAGCCUUAGCAUGACUUGCAUGAAGUUAAACAGAAAACCCAGCUAACCCAAACCCACCAGCCCCCCGCUGUGACUGUCUGAUUACCCUAACCACCACCAAGAAUGGAGAGAAAAGCAAGAAUCCUUUAUUUUCUUCCAGCGCUCUUAAUUUUGACACAUGGUGUCAGAGCCAAACUGUAAUGGCACUCAGUAUAUUUCCAGGAGGGGGGGUGGGGGAAGGGAAGAAGGCCGGGGCCGGGGAAUGAGUCGCUUUUUGUACACAAGACCCAGAGGAAAGGUUUCAAAAGGCAGGCAGUCAGUCAUCGGUCAUAUUGACCUCACCUUCGUAGCUCAUCUCUUACGCGGAAAACUGAGAACUUUGCUCCAAGUAGGAUCGUGGAAACUCACACUGCCACCUCUUCCAUCUCUGUAUGGCAUGCUUGCGACCCAGCGGACGACUCCCCAAGACCCCAACAGCGGCUAGUUUAGGUUGAUUCUCUCAUCUCGGUGUGUAGAACCAAUGUGACCAAGUUUCAUAACGAAUUGUUCAUAGCUACACCUAUGGAUUUUUCCAAUGUCAUUAUAAAGCCAGGAUGUAGCGUACCUCCAGUUCAGGACCACCAGAGGGGGCCUCCCCUCCACCCUCAUUAAGGCACAACCUGGCAUUGUAUGCAAUUUAGUACUUCAGAGUUUAAAAAAAACAAACUGCAUGCCCAAUGUUAUGCAAAGAGAUCCGAGCAUGAAAUAAAUUUUGUAACAUGGUUUCUGUCUAGUCUAAAGCAGAUUUGUUUUUCUGAAGCAAUCGGAGGUUUGCAGAGACACGCUCCUGCAUCUCGAAUAAAUAUAGUAUUUUCCCAACAGAAACAGAGGACAGUAGCUUGGCUUUGGUCUGAUUCUAAAAUUAGUGUGUGUGUGGGGAAGGAUGAUAUUUUUGAAAAACACAUGCUUGAGUUGAAAAAAAAAAUUGCAACAUCUCGAGCUUUCACUGCAACAUUUCCUGGAAAGACAGCAACCUCCCCUCACUGGGCCCUGGCCCUGGAAAUAAAGAGCUGACUUUUGAUCUGAAGAA